AUGCAAUGGAUCAGAUGCUAUUUACGAAAAUGGGUUGGAAAACAUGAACAACGUCCACCGCGUGUCACAUACGAAGACCUUGCCUUGAGCGGCUUCAUUUUUUUGAUUGGAUCGUUUGGUGCCACAGCUGUUCUGUUGUUUGCUCAACCAAAAGCAGUUGUUUCACAGCCAAGGAAUAUGAUAGGCGGUCAACUAAUCUGCGCCAUCGUUGGUUGUAUUGUUCGCAUAUUAUUAGUUGAUCGAGAAUGCUCAGUUGCUGCAAUGUUGGCUGUAUCAAUAUCGAUUGGUCUAAUGCUAUAUACUGAAACGUUACAUCCGCCUGCAGGAGCGACUGCGCUAAUUGCAGUUAUCGGUGAACAUCCGAAGGAAUGGGCAGGAUUUUUGUUCAUUUUUAUGCCUGUCCUUUCAGCUCAAUUAGUUAUGCUAUGCACUGCUUUAAUAAUCAACAAUAUUCCAUCCGAUCGAUCAUAUCCGACAUUCUGGUGGUGA